AGUUGGAGGAAGCGACGGCUGCGGCGAGCGGAUCGGAGAAGUGGAGUGCGGAUCGGGGAACAACCGGCGCGUCGGAGCCGGGUCAGAGGCGCGUGGGAGCCGUGCGUGCAGGAGGCCGCCGCUGCAGCCUGGGCCCCGCAGAGGAAGGAAGCCGGCCGGCCGGCGGGGGAGGUGAAGCUUGCAUGUGGAGUACAACAGGAAAACCAGACGACAGAUGGACAGCGUGACAAGAGUGUCAGAAAGGAUUGGGCCUCGCUGCGAGAGUCAGUCUGGAGUCCAAGUGUUGACAAGUUGCUGAAAAAGAAGCCAGUGGGAGGACUGUGGGCUGCAGCCGAAGUGGAGCCCUGUCUUCAGUCGUACCAUUGAUGGAGGACAGAUGGACAGCCGAAUGGCCAGUCCCUGCUCCUCUUAAACCUUUGGAGAGUUGUCCUUUGUCCUCUGCUGGACACGUAUUAGGAAUCUUACCAUACUCUCCGAAUUCACUUUCCAUAAAAACAUAAAAUAGACUCCAGUGUGUAACCAGACUCAUCUGUUCCAUGGUCACAGACCUGCAAACAUGAGUGCUGAGGGGUACCAGUACAGAGCGCUCUAUGAUUACAAAAAGGAACGUGAAGAAGACAUUGACCUGCACUUGGGUGACAUAUUGACUGUGAAUAAGGGGUCCUUAGUAGCUCUUGGAUUCAGUGAUGGUCAGGAAGCCAGGCCUGAAGAAAUUGGCUGGUUAAAUGGUUAUAAUGAAACCACAGGGGAGAGGGGGGACUUCCCAGGAACUUACGUAGAAUAUAUUGGAAGGAAAAAAAUCUCACCUCCCACACCAAAGCCCCGGCCACCUCGACCCCUUCCCGUUGCACCAAGUUCUUCAAAAACUGAAGCAGACAGUGAGCAACAAGCUUUGACUCUUCCGGAUCUUGCAGAGCAGUUUGCCCCUCCUGACAUUGCUCCACCUCUUCUUAUCAAGCUAGUGGAAGCCAUUGAAAGGAAAGGUCUGGAAUGUUCAACUCUUUACAGAACACAGAGCUCCAGCAGCCCAGCAGAAUUAAGACAGCUUCUUGAUUGUGACGCCGCCUCCAUGGACUUGGAAAUGAUCGAUGUGCAAGUUUUAGCAGACGCUUUCAAACGCUAUCUCCUGGACUUACCAAAUCCCAUCAUUCCAGGAGCUGUUUACAAUGAAAUGAUUUCUUUAGCCCCAGAAGCACAAAGCCCCGAAGACUAUAGCCAACUGUUGAAGAAGCUCAUUAGAUCGCCUAACAUACCUCAUCAGUAUUGGCUUACGUUUCAGUAUUUGCUAAAACAUUUCUUCAAGCUCUCUCAAACCUCCAGCAAAAAUCUUUUAAAUGCAAGAGUACUCUCUGAACUUUUCAGCCCUUUGCUUUUCAGAUUCCCAGCAGCCAGCUCUGAGAAUCCUGAACACCUCAUAAAAGUUACAGAAAUUUUAAUCUCAACUGAAUGGAAUGAACGACAGCCUGCACCAGCACUGCCCCCGAAGCCACCAAAACCCACCACCGUAGCCAACAACGGUGUGAGUAACAGUAUGUCCUUACAAGAUGCGGAAUGGUACUGGGGAGAUAUCUCGAGGGAAGAAGUGAAUGAAAAACUUCGAGAUACAGCUGAUGGUACCUUUUUGGUACGAGACGCAUCUACUAAAAUGCAUGGUGAUUAUACUCUUACGCUAAGGAAAGGAGGAAAUAACAAAUUAAUCAAAAUAUUUCACCGAGAUGGGAAAUAUGGCUUCUCUGACCCGUUAACCUUCAACUCUGUGGUUGAACUAAUAAACCACUACCGGAAUGAAUCUCUAGCUCAGUAUAAUCCCAAACUGGAUGUGAAAUUACUUUAUCCAGUAUCCAAAUACCAACAGGAUCAAGUUGUCAAAGAAGAUAAUAUUGAAGCUGUAGGAAAAAAAUUACAUGAAUAUAAUACUCAAUUUCAAGAAAAAAGUCGGGAAUACGAUAGAUUAUAUGAAGAUUAUACCCGUACUUCCCAGGAAAUCCAAAUGAAAAGAACAGCUAUUGAAGCAUUUAAUGAAACCAUAAAAAUAUUUGAAGAACAGUGCCAAAGCCAGGAGCGGUACAGCAAAGAAUACAUAGAAAAGUUUAAACGUGAAGGCAAUGAGAAAGAAAUUCAAAGGAUUAUGCAUAAUUAUGAAAAGCUAAAGUCUCGAAUCAGUGAAAUCGUUGACAGUAGAAGAAGAUUGGAGGAAGACUUGAAGAAGCAGGCAGCAGAGUAUCGGGAGAUUGACAAACGCAUGAACAGCAUUAAACCUGACCUCAUUCAGCUGAGAAAGACAAGAGACCAGUAUUUGAUGUGGUUGACUCAGAAAGGUGUUCGGCAGAAGAAGCUGAAUGAGUGGCUGGGCAACGAGAACACUGAAGACCAAUACUCGCUGCUGGAAGAUGACGAGGACUUGCCCCACCACGACGAGAAGACGUGGAACGUUGGAAGCAGCAACCGCAACAAGGCUGAAAACCUUCUCCGAGGGAAGCGCGACGGCACCUUCCUGGUCCGGGAGAGCAGUAAACAGGGCUGCUUCGCCUGCUCCGUAGUGGUGGACGGGGAAGUAAAGCAUUGUGUCAUCAACAAAACGGCGACUGGCUACGGCUUUGCUGAGCCCUACAAUUUGUACAGCUCCCUGAAAGAACUGGUGCUACAUUACCAACACACCUCCCUCGUGCAGCACAACGACUCUCUCAAUGUCACACUAGCCUACCCGGUAUAUGCGCAGCAGAGGCGAUGAGGCACUUGCCGUCUGAUCCUUCUCCUCAAGUUCAGCCACCCUGAGGCCUCUGAGAAGCGCAGGGCUCCUCUCCAGCCUGACCUGUGAAUUGAGCUGCCGAAGCAAAGCCCUCUGACUUCAGAUGGGACUCCAGCUUUCGAAAAAAAGUAGUAGAGGAGACAUGCAGCCUCGCACUGUGCGAUGACCACACAUUUCUUAUCCGGAGUGCUUAUCCUUUCUCUCUCUUUUUUUUUUUCUGGUUUAAUUUAAAGCCACACCACCACACAACACAAAGAGAAAAAGAAAUGCAAAAAUCUCUGUGCGCAGGGACAAAGAGGCCUUUAACCAUGGUGCUUGUUAAUGCUUUCUGAAGCUUUACCAGCUCAAAGUUGGGACUUUGUAGACUGGAGGGUGGACGGGCUGAAGAGCCCUGGCCCAGGGACACUCGGGCCGGCCUGGGUGUUGCUGUGCACAGUGGACUCAGACAAAUCGCACUGUGGAUUAUUUCCUUUUCUAACAAAUGAACGAUAUGUAGCAGAAAGGCCCUUCGGCUCACGAGGGGCACUCACAGGAGAACGUCAGCUCACGUACGUUCGGAGGAAAGUCUGUUGUACCAAGGUGUCAGAAAGUAUUUGGUUCAAACUUUUAGAGGAAAAAAAACAACCGGCCCCACUAACAGAAAAAUGGAGCUUGGAAAACAGGACUGAAAAUGACAUUCAGUAUAUAAAAUAUGUACAUAAUAUUGGAUGACUAACUAUCAAAUAGAUGGAUUUGUAUCAAUACCAAAUAGCUUCUGUUUUGCUGAAGGCUAAAUUCACAGCUCUAUGCAAUUCUUAAUUUUCAUAAAGUUAUUCUCAGUUUUAAAUAUCAUUUCAGAAUAAGCUUCCCCCGCUCCAGUUUUUGUUGCUUAAAAAUAUUGUCCCUGAUUUUUUUUUUGUUAAUAUUCAUUUUGUUAUUUUUUUUUUUAAGAAAUGUACAGAAUGCCAGUUUAAAAAAAAAUGGCUUCAGAAUUAAAACUAUGAAAUAUUUUACAGUUUUCCUUGUACAGAGUACUUGGCUGUUGGCCCAAGGUUAAAAAGUUCAUAACAGAUUUUUUGGACUAAAUGUUUUGUUGGGCAGUGCCUGAUAAGCUUCAAAGCUGCUUUAUUCAAUAAAAAAAAGAAAGCUAUAUGAAUAUGACAAAGUAUUGCUGAGUUCAACAAUGUUGUUUCAAGACUCAUAAAAUACGGUACCUGGAAAUGUUUGUUUCAUAAAGAAUUGUGAACUUCUUGAAUCUAGGGAGGGGGGACGUGGCAAAGGGCUGUACAGGUGGGGUGGAGGGAGGGGCAGCAAGACUGUAUGCACUUUCUCAUGAUUACAGAGACGUGAGUAACUGCAAAGUUAAGUUGCUUAUACUUCAGGCUUUUCCCACUUUGCUAGUUAUUAUAUAUUAAUAAUUACAAACCUACUGGAACUCUAACACAGUGCAGCUGGUCAGAUAUUUCAGUUCUUAGGAAGUUAGGCUCCCGGAACAGUGUUCCCCUUCGUUUGGAACACUGAUUUGAAGGUAUAAUUGCUACAUUUAGAAAAUGUGUCUCAUUUUAACUUUAGACUACCCAUUAUAACCAAUAUUCAUUUUAGAAAAAAUGUGAGUUGAAUAUUUUUAUCUGGAUAUUUGUUAUUUUCCUAGCUUUCCAUUUAAUUUAGAUCAUAAAGCACAUAGACAUGAUCAUAACUGUUACUGCUCUGGGCUGUGUAGAGCUCGUUAAAGUCAUGGCCAUUGCAGGAAUCAUAACAGCUGCCCUUCUGUUCAUCCGAAUAAUUGUAUGUGUACACUUCACUGUGGGGAAAAGGGGUUUUAGAGCAUUCUUUCCAAUUUAGGGCAAGAGUGAGGUCUUACUCCCUGAUUUCCAUGUGGAAAGUGUGUUUGUUGGAAGGAAUAAAGAAUCAUUAUAAUCAUGGUCAUUACCCUAGGAGAUUAAAAUGGAAUCUUACAAUUUCAGUUUUCCUUUCUCAACAUUAGAUUUCAUUUCUCUUCCUUUAGAAUUCUAGGGUGAGGGUUUUUUUUUUAAUAUUACUCCUUUUAAAUUUCUUUUGCAAGAAUCAGCUUAGCAGCUGACUUAACUAGAGAAUGUAUUUUUUUCCCUCAUUACAUGAAGCUACUCAUAUCUAGAGCAAUAGUCUUAUAGCCAGACUGUCAGCCCUCAGAUUUGACUGUACUGAUCUGACCAUCUCCCUCUCAUCUCCAAACAAUUGAUGAUUUCCAUGGUUUUUGUCUGCGAACAUCUGCUUUGGAACUAUCCUUCCACACCACUAAGUAUAACAAUUAGUUAUUAAAUAGUUUAUAUAAACUAGGGUUGGUUUGGGAUUUUUUUUUUUUUGGUAGCACAUCUGUGUAUACUAUUAAGUAUUUAAUUACUAAACUAUACAAUCUGAGAUGGAAUGUUUCAUUGAAAGCUAAUUAAACAUUUUUGCUCCACUCUUCACAAAAUGACAUAUUUAGGCACUUGUCUUAUUUUUGCAUCUUAGAAGCAUAAAUGCAAUUGAUUUUUUUUUUAAACAGGAAAGGCAGAAUUCAUCUUUCCAUAUCACAGUAAGUUCCAAGAUACCUCUGAUGUCACGCCUCUGCCAAUGCCUUUUUGUGUGUAGCAUGCCCACAUUUGCCCUAGAUGUUUGACCAGCAGAGCUCCGUGGGUUCAGUCAUCUAACAUCAUUGUCUGAGUGGCUCACAAGUAUGAAUGGAUACAGCAGAGGCAUUCCUAAAUACAUGCUUUUGUCCAUGCAUUGAUAUUCCCCACCCAGUGUAGCAUCCUAAAGAUAAAAACCAGAAGCUAAGCGUGCUGCAGAGAGACUGUGAUAGGGCUGUAUAAGUGGGAGCUGAUACCACACACGAGAGAAAAAGUCAUAACCAGGUGAAAAGGCAAAAAGCACGUGUUGGCAACAUCUGACUUCACAGCCCUUGAUAUAUGUAUAUAUGUAUAUGUGCAUGGACUGUGUUUCCAGUACACCUUUUCAGCCAAAACAGAUCCACAGUCCUUGAGUUCAAGUACAUAACAAGCAUAUGUCUAGAACUAUUCUCGUAUAUGUGUAUGGGUUGUGUUUCUUUGAAGUUGCUUUGUUUUGUCUUAUAAAGGUGAAAAUUGCUUGCAAGUGAAGUGAGAAGUUCAUAAUUCUUUGGCUUUUUUUGUUUUUAAAAGUACUUUUGAGGAGCUGGUCUGGAUGACUCGCUUAACUUGGAAAUCCUCGUUUUCGGUGUGCUGAGUCAAAAUGUGUUUAUGUGAGCUGUCACUGUGGGGAACCAAUUGCUUUGUCAUAUAUAGCUGGUUAUAAACGUAAUGUGUUUGGGAAGUCCUACUGAUAUUCCUUACUGGGAGAAAAAUUCUGCUGGUUUUAACAACUGCUUUUGCUAUGCAUGGGAUCCAAGUAGUUGGAAAGCAGACCCUGAAACUUGAGUUCAGGGUCAUUUUGAGAAAGGGGCAGUUUAAAGCACAAUGCCUCACAUGGGACAAAGUUUCAAAAUGCCAAAUUCUUAUUUCUUCAAAAUCUAGUUAUAUAAAAUACUAGUAUUAUGAAUAGGGAGGGAACAGAAUUGGGCUCACUGAAAACACUAUCCAACUUAACAUUAAACUUGUCACCAUGAGAUAGCAUUAGCUGCCCAGGAUGCUGCUAUUUAAAAAAAAAAAGGGCGGGGGGCAAAACAAAAAAAAAACAUUUAUAUAUGUGUAUUUUUUAAAGCUACAAUCUGUUCAAUGUUUUUACAAAUCUGUUUAUAUGACAUUGUUAAAAUAAAGUUGGUCUUUUGACGAGA